AUGUCAAAGAAAGGUCAGUAUAGGGAGGAAGCAAUACCUCUUGUGUCAUUCAAUCCUAGUUAAUAGUGUUAUUAGUUGAAUGACGAAGCGAUAGAUUUUAUUUAAAGCGUCCCAGGACCCAUAGGAGUUGUUGGUGUAGCUGGUAUGUAUCGUACAGGUAAAAGUUAUUUGCUCAACCAAAUGUUACUUAGUAGAUCAGACGGUUUUGGUGUUGGACCCACUGUUAAUCCUUGCACAAAAGGACUCUGGGUUUGGGGAAAGCCUCUUUUAGGUUAGAAUCAAGAUGGUGAAACUAUUCACAUUUUAAUCAUAGAUUCAGAAGGUAUAGGUGCGCUUGAUGAAGACUCAACACAUGAUUCAAGAAUAUUUGCAUUAACUAUCCUUUUAAGUUCUUGCUUUAUAUAUAACUCUGUUGGUUCGAUUGACGAAGCUGCAAUUCAAAAUCUCUCUUUAAUUGUCAAUCUCACUAAAAAUAUUCACAUUAAGAGUGGAUAAGACGAUGAAAUAGAUUUCGAAGAUUAUUCUUAAUAUCUCCCUUCAUUCUUUUGGGUAGUAAGAGACUUUUCUCUUCAACUAGUAGAUUAAGAAGGAGAGUAAAUAACAUCUAAGGAUUAUUUAGAGAAAGCUUUGCAACCUUAGAAGGGAUUUUCUGACUAAGUAGAACAAAAAAACAGAAUUAGAAGACUCUUAACGACCUUCUUCAAAGAAAGAGAUUGUGCUACUUUAGUUAGACCUUUAACGAAUGAAGAAAAUUUGUAGAACUUAGAUAAAUUAGACUUCGACUAGUUAAGACCAGAAUUCUUUGAACAAGUCAUUAACUUGAGAAAAUCUAUAUUAUGCAGAAUGAAAUGCAAAUAGCUUAGAGGCAAAAAUUUAACAGGAGAAAUGUACUGUGAUUUAAUUAAAAGUUAUGUAUUUGCGAUAAACAACGGAGCUGUUCCAAAUGUAGAAAAUGCUUGGUCUUAUAUUUGCAAGAACGAAUGCCACAAAGCCUAACAAAGCGCAAUUGAAAAUUAUGAUCAAGUCUUAAGAGAAGUUUUACACAAUAAGAUUCCAUGCUCUCUUGAAGAUUUAAAGAUAUACCACAAAAUGGCUAAGGAAAGCAGUGUUUCCAUCUUUAAAAAGAAAGCUGUUGGUGAAGUAUCUGAAGAAUAUCUGAAUGAAGUCAUUAAGAAAAUAAAGCAAAAGUUUAAUAUUGUCAGAUAAGAAAAUGAAAGAGAAAGCGCUAGAAACUGUCAAUCCUUUAUCUAAUAAGAAUUCCAAAGCAUAGAAAGAAAGUUAAAAAUGAAUGAAUAUAAAAACUACCCAGAGUACGAGCAAGAUUUAAAGCUAUUUUACAAUUACUUCAUGGAAAAUGGACCUAAGACUGUAAAUCGCUAAUAAUUUGUUUCUGAUUUUAUUCAUAGAGCAACAUCUGAUGGUGCAUAAUACUUCAUCAAAUAAUUCUCCCAUGAGUAAGAUAUUCAAAAAACUCUAAGUCAAGAAGUAUAAAAGAAAUUAGAAUUCGAACUCUAAGAAUUGAAGCAACGUAUGCAUUCCGAAAUCAAUAAUUAUGAAAUUAAGAAAUCUUAACUAGAGUUUGAAAAAACUGAAAUUGAAAUGCGCGAAUAAGUUUUAAGAGAAAAUUUAGCCAUAGUCAAAAGCGAAAAAGAAAAAUUAGAGUAUGAGUUUAAAGAAUAAGCUACUUCAGAAAAAUAAGAGUGUGUCAAAGUCAUAAAUGAUCAAAAGUAGAAAUUAAUCAUGCAGGAAGAAAUGCUCUCAGAGCUAGAAAGAAAUAAAAUUCUUUCUUAAUCUGAAUUUGAAAAAGAAAAGGCAUUACUCACCUAGAGAAUCUAGUUCUAUGAGAAGUAAAUGGAAGAAUUAUCUAAAAAAGACAAAGACUAAUCAAACGACAUAAAGAGUCUUAAGAAAGACUAUAACUCACAAAUUAAAGAUAUUAGUAACAAGUAUGAAUCUUUAAACAAAUCCCUCACUUAGAAAAUCAAUGAAUUAUAAGAAAGAAUUUAUGAGCUUGAAAAUGAACUCACAAAUCGUCAACAAAAGUUUGAUAGCGAAAAAAGAAAAUGGGAAGUUAACGAAAAUAACUUGAGCAGACUCCUUGAAGAAUCUCAAUUGUAAAUCCAAAAACUUUAAAACGAAAUAAGAGAUUUAAGAAAUUACGAAGAGUAGCAUGCUUAGUUCCUUCAAAAUGAUAUGAGCAAAAAUCAUACUGAACUUUAAGAAAAGAUGGUUUACUAUGAAGAGCUCAUCAAAGAGAAGGAAGACACCUUGAUUAACUUCAAAAAUAAUUUCUAAAAAGAAAAAGCCCUUCUUUAACAAAAAAUAGAAUUCCUCCAAGUUCAAUUUGAAGAAUCAAAGCAAUAAUUAGAAGAAAACAAAAGAGCUCAUGAAGCUAUUAUGAAGGCUUUGGAGUCUUCAAGUUUAGACAGCUCUGGUAAAUUAGAUAAUCGUUAAUUACAAGAACUAAAAGAAAAUCACACUAGAGAAAUAAAGGCACUUGAAAAUGAUUUUGAAAAGGCUAAGAAGCGUUACAUCUAAUAAAUAGACUAAUUAAAUGAAAAGAACAGUGAAUUAGAAAUGAGAAACAAAUUUGAAGAAGCUGAUUUCUAAAAGGAAAUAGAAUAACUCAAAGAGUAAGUGUAAGAAUUGAAAAAUGUAAAUCAAAGACUUGAGGAAAAGAACAGUGUGCUUGAAGAUGAAAAGCAAAAGAGUUUCAAGGAAGUUGAAGAAAGAUACAUUAAUAGAAUUAGACUUCUUGAAGAUGAAAUUGAAGAAAUCAAGCAAAAUGCUAUAAAGGACAUUCGCGAAUCUCAAGCAAAGUCUGAAGAAAGUUUAGCCUAACUUAAAAAUAUUUAUGAAAUCGAAAGAGAGACUCUUGAAAGGAGAUUAGCUGAAGAUAAAGAAAAAUGGGAUAAGAGAUACUAGCUAUCAUGUGACGAAUAUCAAGAGUAAAUUAGAGAAGCUUAACACACUUAUGAAGAAGAAAUAGAAAACUUAAAGGAUGAUUUAAGAGAACAAGAAGCUCAAUACCACAAUGUUGUAUAAUAAUAUGAGCAUGAACUUGCAUUGAAGCAACAAACAAUUGAAACUCUUGAAAAGUACACAAAGGAAACCAAAGAAAGCUUGCUUAAUCUCCAAAGCAACAAUAACACAACCUUGGAAUAAUACAUCAACAAUUUCAAUGCUGAAAGAAAAACUUUCAUUCAAAAGGUUGAAAAUCUAACUCAAGAAUUAUCAAAGAAGGAGAAAGAAAACAUUGCUCUUCAAUAAAAGAAAGAAAAUUUAGAAGCCAACUUGAAGAAGAGAGAAUCAUAAUUAACUCAAGCUAAGGUAGAAAUGUAAUAAGAGAGAACUGAAAACUCAAAUUACAUCGACGAUCUUAAGCAAAAGCUUUAGUAAGCUUCAGAUGAAUAAAUUCAAUAAAAAAUAGAAUUCUCAAGAGAAAUAGCUCUUUCAAAUUAAAGAAAUGAAUUCUUAUCCAAGAAGAAUGAAGACUUAGCAAGAUAAAACGAAACUUUAAUUUAACAUUAUGAAGAAAAACUUAAAAUACUUAAAUAGGAAAUGAAUCAAGAGUUGAAUGAGAAAACUGAUAAACUCUAAUAACAAAGAGACCAGAUGGAGGAGAAGUAUGAAAAGGUUAAAAAAACUCUUAAGGAAAUAGAAGCAACCUACAACAAGUAGCUUUCUUAAAUUGAAAAGGAGAAAGCUAUCUAUUAAGAAAAAUUAGCAAAUAUCGAAUCAAAGAAAUCUGAAUUAGACAUGAAGUACUAAGCUGAAAAUUAGAACUAUGUUAUGCAAAUUCUAUAACUUAAGGAGUAAUAUUCUCUUGAAAAGAAAACACUCUUAAAUGAAGCUGACAAAUAUAAAUAAUUUAACCUUCAACUAGAAUAAGAUAAGAAUGAACUUAUCACUAACUAUGAAAGAGAUAAGGCUUUAUGGGAAGGAAAAUUCGCUUUCUUGGAACAAUAAAAAGAAUAGGCUAAAUAAGAUUUAGCUGAUGCUUUAAAGAAGUUUGAAAUGACUUUAAUGCAUUUACAAAAGGCUAGAAGCAAUGAAAAGGACGAGCAUGAAAACAACCUCAAUGAACUUCUCAUUUCUAUGGAAAAGAAAUACCAAAACUAAAUUAAUGAAUUAAAUGAAAAUAACUAAAGAUCUGUUUAGGAUUAUGAAGAUAAGAUAAGAAGACUUAAUAAAGAAAUUAAGCAGUUAAAAGAGAAUAUGCUCGUCGAAAAGCAUGGUAAACUAGGAAAUCAAAUGUUAAACGAAAAGAAAUUAGCUGAUUUCAUUGAAAACGAGAAGAAAUUGCUUCUAGAAAUAGAGUAACUCAAAAACGAAAGAGAUUAAAAGAUUAUAGACUAUUAAAGAUAACUUGAUACAGAUAAAGAAGUUCUUAAACAAAAGAUAGCAGAAAUUGAAUAGAAAUACAAAGAGGCUGAACAAAAAAGAGGUACUCUUAUUUUUGAACACGAAAAGGAAAGAGCAAAGUGGAAUCUUGAUAGAGACCAUCUCCUUGUAUAAAAGAAUGAGUUACAAGACCACAUUGAUAAGUUAGAAAAGAAGAAAGAAUUGCUACUUAGAGAAAACGAGAAGUUACGUAAUGAAUCUAGAGUUACUCGUAGAUCGAUUAAUUUAGUAGGAACUGGAAUACAAUCUAAUACAGCCCUUUCUUCUAGUAAAUCAGGAAUAAAAAGAUCUGGAACAACUAACUAAUAAUAAAGUCCAGUCUCUAACACUUCGAUAUUGUCUAAAAAGAAUUCAAUGAUCUAAGAAAAUAAUUAAUUUAUGAGCAAUUCUAAUUUAAACCAAUAAAAAAAUUUAAAUGACAUAACUAACUUUGCUGGAAUCAUGCCUUACGAUCCCAGUCGUCAAAUGAAUUAGAAGCUUACAUCUUUGAACUCUUAAGAAGAUGAAGCUCAAUAAAACUAAUUUUUAUAAUAUCAAUAUUUGAUGCAAGAUUAGUAAAAAGCAUAAUAGCUGAUCUCAUCAAAUAACAUGUAGUAUAAUAACCCAAAUAUGUCAUCUCCUUAAGCUCCUAUGUUCAAUCCUAGCAACUAUGGUUAAUAAAACAUUUAUCCUUAAAAUAGCCAACCUUUCUAGAUUGAAAAAUUCAAAUAUUUUAAUUCAAAUGUUUGA